AUGACGUCAUCCUCGAGGGGCGUGCCCAACCGGCCGCCGUUCCCCGAGGGGGCGUGCCCUCCGCGCGUGACGUCACCCCGCGGCCGCGUCGGCCCGUGCGUGACGCUCCCGCCAGUGCCCAACAUGGCGGCGGGCGGCGGCGCCGGCGGCUGUGGGGGGACCCCGCUCUCGCCGGGCCCGUUCCUGCCGCCGCUGCUGCUGCUGCUGGCGCUGCCCGGCGGCGCCGUCCCCGCGGCCGACACCGUGGUGCUGGGGCUGCGCCUGGAGGAGAGCACCAAACCGGCGGCGGCGGUGGCACCGGCGGGGGCGGCCGAGCGCGGGCCCAUCCGCCUCACGGAAGGCAGCGAGGCCUUGCUGCGCCUCUACGGGCUGGGGCUGGGCCCCGGCGCCGCCGAGCGCGUGGCCUUCGCCGAGCUGCGGCCGGGCGGCAACGCCUCGAGCGGCAACGCCACGUGCCAGGAGCGCUCGCAGGACCUGGUGGUGCGGCCCGGCCCCGCCGAGCCCCGCGACACCUCGGCCCUGCUCCGGGUGCGGGUGCAGCCGCUGCGCAAGGACGAGAGGGCCAAGACCUACGUGCUGUGCUCGCAGCGGCGGCCCGGGCAGCCCUGGCUGCCGCACCAAGGGCCCGACGGGCACGUGCUGGUGCUGGAGGAGAAGAAGUCGCUGCUGCCCUUGUGGCUGCAGGUGAUUCUGAUCGCGGGCUUGUUGGUGCUGUCGGGGAUGUUCAGCGGGCUCAACCUGGGCUUGAUGGCGUUGGACCCCAUGGAGCUGAGGAUCGUGCAGAACUGUGGGACGGAUAAGGAGAAGCGUUACGCCCGCAGGAUCGAGCCCAUCCGCAGGAAAGGGAAUUACCUGCUCUGCUCGCUGCUGCUGGGCAACGUGCUGGUCAACACCACGCUGACCAUCCUGCUGGACGACCUGAUCGGCUCCGGCAUCGGCGCCGUGGUGGCCUCCACCAUCGGCAUCGUCAUCUUCGGCGAGAUCGUGCCGCAGGCGCUGUGCUCGCGGCACGGGCUGGCCGUGGGCGCCAACACCAUCGUGGUCACCAAGUUCUUCAUGCUGGUCACCUUCCCGCUGUCCUACCCCAUCAGCAAGCUGCUGGACUGCAUCCUGGGCCAGGAGAUCGGCACCGUCUACAACCGGGAGAAGCUGGUGGAGAUGCUGAAGGUGACGGAGCCCUACAACGACCUGGUGAGGGAGGAGCUCAACAUGAUCCAGGGAGCGCUGGAGCUGCGCACCAAGACGGUGGAGGACGUGAUGACCCCGCUGCAGAACUGCUUCAUGAUCAACAGCGACGCCAUCCUGGACUUCAACACCAUGUCGGAGAUCAUGGAGAGCGGCUACACGCGCAUCCCGGUCUACGAGGACGAGAGGUCCAACAUCAUGGACAUCCUCUACGUCAAGGACCUGGCCUUCGUGGACCCUGAUGAUUGCACGCCCCUCAAGACCAUCACCAAGUUCUACAACCACCCCGUGCACGUGGUGUUCCACGACACCAAGCUGGACGCCAUGCUGGAGGAGUUCAAAAAGGGGAAGUCCCACCUGGCCAUCGUGCAGAAGGUGAACAAUGAGGGUGAGGGUGACCCCUUCUACGAGGUGCUGGGGCUGGUGACGCUCGAGGACGUCAUCGAGGAGAUCAUCAAGUCGGAGAUCCUGGACGAGUCCGACACCUACAUUGACAACCGCAGCAGGAAGAGGGUGUGCAACCAGAAGAACCGAAGGGACUUCUCGGCCUUCAAGGACCCCGACAACGAGCUGAAGGUCAAGGUGUCACCUCAGCUCCUGCUGGCCGCCCACCGCUUCCUGUCCACCGAGGUGACCCUCUUCACCUCCAACUUCAUCUCGGAGAAGAUCCUGCUGCGGCUCCUCAAGUACUCCGACGUCAUCCAGGAGCUGAAGUUUGAUGAGGAGAACAAGAAAUCCCCGCGGCACUUCCUGUACUGCAAGAACAAACCGGCCGACUACUUCAUCCUGAUCCUGCAGGGCAAGGUGGAGGUGGAGGCUGGCAAGGAGUGCAUGAAGUUCGAGGCAGGAGCCUUUUCCUACUACGGGGUGAUGGCCCUGAGUCCUCCUCCUGGAUCUGAGAUCCGUUCCCCGUCCCACAUGAGCGGCCUGAACCGCUCGGCCUCGCUGAGCUACCACGAGCGCUCGGACUCGGGCUCGUCGCCGGUCAGCGGCAGCAACAACCAGCUCAACGCGGGCGGCGCGCAGUACGUGGCCGACUUCAGCGUGCGCGCCCUCACCGACCUCCAGUUCGUCAAGAUCACGCGGCAGGAGUACCAGAACGGGCUGCUGGCCUCGCGCAUGGACAGUUGUCCCCAGUCCCCCGACAGCGCCGCCCCCAAGGCCGACCCGGCCACGGCGGAGAAGCCGGAGCCGCCGGCGCCGGCCGACGAGACCACGAGUCUGCUCAACGAGAGGAACUGCCUGAGCCGGCGCAGCAACCACAGCGGCCUGGAGAACUCCAUCUGACCCCGGCCGCGCCGGCCGCCUCGGCGUGCCCGGCGUGCCCCGUGCAGGGACCUUGCCCGGUAGGAGGAGCCGCUGGAGGAGGAGGAGGAUGAGGAUGAGGAGGAGGCGCGGUGGGGAUGGAGGAGCUGGGAUUUGCUGCUGCUGUUCCAGGCCGGCUCGGUUUGGGACGGACGGAGCGGCGCAGGCACGGCGCCGACGGCUCAGGGAGCUUCGGGUCUGGGUGUGCGCCGUGGGGAGCCUGGGAUGGACACCCCAACCCUGCCAGGGGACCUGGGAUGGACAUGGACACCCCAACCUGCCAGGGGACCUGGGAUGGACACCCCAACCCUGCCAGGGGACCUGGGAUGGACAUGGACACCCCAACCCUGCCAGGGGACCUGGGAUGGACAUGGACACCCCAACCCUGCCAGGGGACCUGGGAUGGACACCCCAACCCUGCCAGGGGAUCUGGGAUGGACAUGGACACCCCAACCCUGCCAGGGGACCUGGGAUGGACACCCCAACCUGCCAGGAAACCUGGGAUGGACAUGAACAUCCCAGCCCUGCCAGGGUCCAUCCAAAACUUUCAGGAACCCUGGGAUGGACAUCCCAGCCCUUCCAGAUACCCCAGGGUGGACAUCUCAAUCCUUUCAGGGUCCAUCCCAAACCUUCUGGGAACCCCAAACCUUCCAGGCUCCAUCCCAACCCUGCCAUGACCCCAGGAUGGACACCCCAACCCUGCCAGGAAUCCCAGGGUGGGCGUCCCACCCCUGCCAGGACCCUCGGGAUGGACAUCCCAAACCUUUGGGAUCCUUAGGAUGAGAUUUCCAUCACUUUGGGGUCUCCUUCCCAUCCUGGGAUGGGAAUUGCAAACCUUUGGGGUCUCCUUCCCAUCCUGGGAUGGGAAUUGCAAACCUCUGGGGUCUCCUCAGCCCUUUGGGGUCUCCUCCACCAUUUUGGGAUAUCCUGGGAUGGGAAUCCCGACCCCUCUCCAGUGUUUCUGGGGUCUCCUGGAUAAAUCCCAGCCCCUUCCCUGCUGGCCCGGGGAUUUUAGGGUCUGGACUUUAAGGUCUGGAUUUUGGGGUCCGAACUUUGGGGUCUGACUUUGAGGUCUGGAUUUUGGGGUGACACAGCGCUAGUGACCAAAGUUGUACAGGCAGGAGGGGGCUGAGGGUCCCCCCAAAACCCCCCUGGGGUUUUUUGGGGUCAGAGCUUGACCCCAAAAAAAACAAAAAUAAGCACAAAAGUUCCCCCUGGGUGAACUCCUGUAAGUUAUUGGGAGAAGGUUGAAUUAUUUUUGUUAAUCACAUCUCGACGAUCAGUUCCUAGCUCCUUCAGUGGGGAGAUUUUAGAAAUAAUAAUAAUAAUUAAUUAAUAAUAAUAAUAAUUAAUAAUAAGCCAGGAAAAAAAAACAAAAAAAAACAAAAAAAACCUUUUUUAUUAAAUCUUCCUCUAUGCAAACCCCUCCUUUUCCUCCCCCCUGGGGAAUUCCUAUUUAUUGUUCAGGUUUUGAUUUGUAUUUUUGGGGAGCUCGGGCCGCGGGGGGGAUGGGGAGAGGGGGGGAGGGGGCCGGGCCUCCCCCUCCCGGUUCUGCCCCUCCCCCCAAGCCCCGGUUGUCAAACCGACCGUGGAAUUUUGAUUUCACGGAGGGUUUUUUUUUUGGGGUUAUUUUUUUGUCAGAUGGGUUAAUAAAAAUUCUAUAUCUGUA